GAGCCAUAAAAUGAAAAUUAUUGGCCGCUCCCUUCACCGCAAGCUCUUCACAUAUGGAGGUACAUUAAGUGCAUAAUACAAAUGGCCACGAGGAAGGCUGUGUCGUCUGCGUUUAAAAUCCACGUUUAACUGUAACUUUAAGAUAAAACAACGGCCGACUGUCAUUAAUUUGGGUCUGCAUAUUUGAAAGACUGAUAUUCACACCUGAAAAGCUAAAAAUGGGAGUGACCCUGGAGCGAGUACAGAACAAGUUUGCCUGUAUUAUUGGAGAACUGUGCAGUGAACCUGAUAUCCUAUCACAAUUUGCCGUGUGGGUGGACUUGAGGAUAGCAGAGUACAAGGCUAAAGGAGCCAUAUCAUUAGACUGCACUGGAUUGACUCCAGACCCCAAAUGGCUCAAGGGACUGAAGACAGUCUCCAGCCAAGCAGAUUCACCGUUACAAAAAGGCCCGGCCAGGCUGUCCAGUGGAAACGCCCGUCAUAAAAACCAAGUGUCCAGUUCAGCACAGAACUCUAGUUUUGAAACAACUGUGAACCCUGAGUGGUCUUCUGAGUCUCACGAUACAGAAAGUGUUGUUGUUAAACAGGAGAUGGACCAUGACUCAGCAGCAUUUCCCAUCAGUUUACAUUCUAAUCAUUCCAACAGUACUAUCACAGUGCCAAGAAAGCGACAAGGUGGGGAUGAUGGAGAUAUUUCACAUUCUGAUAACAGCAUAUUCUCCUCCUCUCACCCCUCAAAGUCCAAGCGCCUCUCCCCACACUCAGACAAUAGCUUAUCUGGGGGUGGACAAGACUCUGUGUCAAACCAAAGCUUUUUAUCAGUCAUAGGUGUGAAUGAUCAGCCUGACCAGACACCCCAAGACACUUUGUUACCUGUGCGUGAAAAUAGUGCUGACCUUGCAGAAUCAUCAGAAGAUAUAACAAUUACAUAUAAUGACAGUCAGGUAUUCUAUCAUCAGCCUGCAACUACAGAUCCUGCUCAAACAGAUUAUGGGAUGCCUCUGUCCAAUUACUUGAAGGGCCAAUCUUGGAAGACCUCAACAGAUCAAAUGACUCCAUCUGCUGUGCCCAAGUUUACCACACGUAACACGACGAAUGCAGUGGCAAUGUUUGAGCGAUGGUUGCGGGAAACUGGACGCGGGGAAAACAUGCCAAUGCACAAGAUCCCUGCUAAUAUUUUGGAUGGAUACAUGGCUGACUUUUUUUCCACUGUCAAGAAAGCUAACGGAGAGGAUUACCAGAGGAAAACUCUUGGUACGCUACGGUCAUUUUUGGAACGUCAUUUGAGAAUUCAUGGAUAUUCUUUUUCCAUCCUGAAAUCUGCGCAGUUUUCCCAAAGUCAACAGGCUUUUCGAAGGAGGUAUCAUAAGCCUUGAUGAAGAAUUCCUGUGUUGAUUUGUCAGUUAGUAUCCCAUCAAGAGUAGGAAAAGCUGUCAACAGAGAUACUAUGGAUCUUUCUCAAAAUUCCAGCUUUACAAGUGAGAAUUGUAUGUAGAGUUUGCCUGGUGCAAGGAAGUUUACUGGUGUGCUAAAUCUUGAUCAGUGUUCCAAUAUUGUUGGUGGUAACUUCAACAGGCAGGUGAUUUAGUUCAAGAAAAAUUUAUACUGUACACAUUGACUGGAAUUUCAGCAUGAUCAGUGGUAUAUCAUCAGGAAUUUGCCUCAGUGUUGGUACAAAAAUGUACAAAAGUCUUGAUCAAAGUUUCAGCAUUGUCAGCUUGGUAUUCCCAUCACACAUUUGCUCGUUGCGAAAACAGCAAGGAAUUCCAGCAUAGCCAGUGGCUUGAUACUGAGGCACGGUAAAUCUUGAUGAGAGUUCCAGCGCCAGUCAUCCUCUAAAGUGUGCUCCCAGACGUCAGUGUUUCAAAAUGAUUUAAUACAUGUAGGUGUUUGAAGAGUUCAACCUUGCAUCGCUGGCGAUUGACAUAAUGGUUUCAAGCAGAAAUACAUAAUGAUUGUCUUCAUAUGAUUAUGUAUGUACUUAACAUGCUAGUCUCAGUAUGAGGGGUAUGAACUGUUAGUCUCAGUAUGAGGGGUAUGAACUGCUAGUCUCAGUAUGAGGGGUAUGAACUGCUAGUCUCCGUAUGAGGGGUAUUAACUGCUAGUCUCAGUAUGAGGGGUAUUGACUGCUAGUCUCAGUAUGAGGGGUAUGAACUGUUAGUCUCAGUAUGAGGGGUAUGAACUGCUAGUCUCAGUAUGAGGGGUAUGAACAGCUAGUCUAAGUAUGAGGGGUAUGAACUGCUAGUCUCAGUAUGAGGGGUAUGAACUGUUAGUCUCAGUAUGAGGGGUAUGAACUGUUAGUCUCAGUAUGAGGGGUAUGAACUGCUAGUCUCAGUAUGAGGCAUAUGAACUGCUAGUCUCAGUAUGAGGGGUAUGAACUGCUAGUCUCAGUAUGAGUGGUAUAAUGAAGUGCUAGUCUCAGUAUGACGGGUAUUAUAAACUGCCAGGCUGAGUGUCUUAAUAUGAGGUAUAUGAACUGCUAGUCUCAGUAUGAGGGGUAACAGCUGGUACCGGUACCCAGGAAACCACUCCAGUCAGCUACAUCAUUAUGGGGUGCUACUAGUCAGACUAGUCAACAUGCGUUAUGUACAUCUACCUAGAAGUUGUAGCUGGAUUUUGACCUUAGCACUAAAGAGAUAGUUCGGCCGAUAAUAAGAGAAAUUAGGCCUUCCUUAAAAAUUCUUUGUUGGGUGUAACCCGAUCAGUCAGAAAAUAUAGGGUCAGUCGAUGGGGGAAUUCAUUUUCUUUUUUUUUUUUUUUUUUUAAUUCUGCCGGGUGAGUAAGAGACUGGUUUUUAAAGAAAUUAACAUUGAGAGAGAAAUAAGACAAAAAUACCCAACAAGCAUAUUUUUAAUGAUGGCAUGCCUGACAUAUAUUGUAUCUAGGCAAUCUUUUGUUGUGUGUACAUAGACACGCUAGUCAUUUUUUUUCUUUUGAGAAAAUUUUAUCUCCUCAACAUGAACACUACAUGUACAUCAUAAUAUUCAUUGUUCUGGAAGUCAGUCUCACAGUUCAUGUACAUGUACAUGUAAUGUGCUGUAGUGCAUUCAAGAGACCAUGAUAUUGUACAUUUAGGUAUAAUGUCCAGUCCCUGAAUUUUCAUCCAUGCAUCAAUGUGUCUUGCA